AUGUGCUCUCGCGGGACCUGCCACGACUACGAGUCCUCCUGCCACGGCUCCCGCUCCUCGUGCCACGGCUCCCGCUCCUCCUGCCACGACUCCCACUCCUCCUGCCAUUACACCAUCCAGGUGCAGCCCGUGCAGAGGGCCAGCUGCGUGUCGCCGUGCUACCCCCAAGUGCAGCGCUAUUGCCCUCCACCGCUGCAGUACUGCCCCCCGGUGCAGUACUGCCCCCAGUACUCCAAGAACAUCUGCAAGCUGCCCUCCUCCUACCCCAAGUAUUAA